CGCGGGGCCCGCCCCUCCCCCGCCCCACCUCGGGCGGGGGCGCGCUGAGAAGCGGUGACGUCAAGGGGCGCGGGGUGGCAGCACCUCCCCGCGCGCUAGUUAAAAAGAAGAAGAAAAGAGGGAGCGAAACAUGAGAGGCUGUGUGAGGAGCUGCAGCCGCCGGCAGAGGAGACCUCAGCAUCAUCUAGAGCCCAGCGCUGCCCCUGCCUCCGCCUGCCCCGCCACCGCCGCCGUUUCUGUUCCUGCUACUGUCUCACCCAAACAACUCCCCGUUACAUGGACAAGUGAACUUCUGUGGCCGUUUUCUCCUCCUCUUCUUCCUCCUCCUCUUCCAACUCCUUCUCCUCCUCUCACUUCCCAGCUGCAGCAGAAAGCCCCUAACCCAACUGACACUGGCACAACUGCAAACUGUGUCAUCUGCACAACUUUAUCUCGCUCCCCCGGCUCUCUUAAGGCAUUGGACCCAUCGCCUCGCCUUUUACUUUUCGCAAAGUUACAUCUCUCUACAUAUUUUCACCCCGGCCACCUCCCUCUGCCUUUCGAGUGCCCUGCCUCCCCGCAGCCUCCUCCCGGAGCUGCGCCCCAGUGCCCUUGCUGGGCAGUGGCAUUACCCCCCCUCCUCGCGCGCCCUGCCCCUGCCGCUCGGGGCAGACGAUGCUGAAGAUGCUCUCCUUCAAGCUGCUGCUGCUGGCCAUGGCUCUGGGCUUCUUUGAAGGAGAUGCUAAGUUUGGGGAAAUAAGCGAAGGGAGCGGAGCGAGGAGGAGAAGGUGCUUGAAUGGGAACCCCCCGAAGCGCCUGAAAAGGAGAGACAGGCGGAUGAUGCCCCAACUGGAUCUACUGAGUGGGGGAGAGAUGCUGUGUGGUGGCUUCUAUCCUCGGCUGUCCUGCUGCCUGCGGAGUGACAGCCCGGGGCUGGGGCGCGUUGAUAACAAGAUAUUUUCUGUUACCAACAACACAGAAUGCAGGAAGUUACUGGAAGAAAUCAAAUGUGCGCAUUGCUCUCCACAUUCUCAGAACCUGUUCCACUCACCUGAGAGAGAAGUCUUGGAAAGAGACCUAGUACUUCCCCUGCUUUGCAAAGACUAUUGCAAAGAAUUUUUUUAUACUUGCCGAGGCCACAUCCCAGGUUUCCUUCAAACUACUGCUGAUGAAUUUUGCUUUUACUAUGCAAGAAAAGAUGGUGGGUUGUGCUUUCCAGAUUUCCCAAGAAAACAAGUCAGAGGACCAGCAUCUAAUUACUUGGACCAGAUGGAAGAAUAUGACAAAGUGGAAGAAAUCAGCAGAAAGCACAAACACAACUGCUUCUGUAUUCAGGAGGUUGUGAGUGGACUGCGGCAGCCUGUUGGCGCCCUGCAUAGUGGGGAUGGCUCGCACCGUCUCUUCAUUCUGGAAAAAGAAGGCUAUGUCAAGAUACUUACCCCUGAAGGAGAAAUUUUCAAGGAGCCUUAUUUGGACAUUCACAAACUUGUUCAAAGUGGAAUAAAGGGAGGAGAUGAAAGAGGACUGCUAAGCCUUGCAUUCCAUCCCAAUUACAAGAAAAAUGGAAAGCUGUAUGUGUCUUAUACCACCAACCAAGAACGGUGGGCCAUCGGGCCCCAUGACCACAUUCUUAGGGUUGUCGAAUACACAGUAUCCAGAAAAAACCCACAUCAAGUUGAUUUGAGAACAGCCAGAGUGUUUCUUGAAGUCGCAGAACUUCACCGAAAGCACCUGGGAGGACAAUUGCUCUUUGGCCCCGAUGGCUUUUUGUACAUCAUUCUCGGAGAUGGAAUGAUCACACUGGAUGACAUGGAAGAAAUGGAUGGGUUAAGUGACUUCACGGGCUCUGUGCUACGGCUGGAUGUGGACACAGACAUGUGCAGUGUGCCUUAUUCCAUACCAAGGAGCAACCCGCACUUCAACAGCACCAACCAGCCCCCAGAAGUGUUUGCCCACGGGCUCCACGAUCCAGGCAGAUGUGCAGUGGAUCGUCAUCCCACAGAUAUAAACAUCAACUUAACAAUACUUUGUUCAGACUCCAAUGGAAAAAACAGAUCAUCAGCCAGAAUCCUGCAGAUAAUAAAGGGGAAAGAUUAUGAAAGUGAGCCAUCACUUUUAGAAUUUAAGCCAUUCAGUAAUGGUCCUUUGGUUGGUGGAUUUGUUUACCGAGGGUGCCAGUCCGAGAGACUGUAUGGAAGCUACGUGUUUGGAGACCGCAAUGGGAAUUUCUUAACUCUCCAGCAAAGUCCAGGGACCAAGCAGUGGCAAGAAAAACCACUCUGUCUCGGCAACGGUGGUUCGUGUAGAGGCUACUUUUCGGGUCACAUUUUGGGAUUUGGAGAGGAUGAAUUAGGUGAAGUUUACAUUUUAUCAAGUAGUAAAAGUAUGACCCAGACUCACAAUGGAAAACUCUACAAAAUUGUAGAUCCCAAAAGACCUUUAAUGCCCGAGGAAUGCAGAGCCACGGUUCAUUCUGCGCAGACGCUGACGUCGGAGUGCUCCCGGCUCUGUCGAAACGGCUACUGCACCCCCACGGGAAAGUGCUGCUGCAGCCCAGGCUGGGAGGGAGACUUCUGCAGAAUCGCAAAAUGUGAGCCUGCCUGUCGUCAUGGAGGUGUCUGUGUUAGGCCGAACAAGUGCCUCUGUAAAAAAGGAUAUUUUGGCCCUCAGUGUGAACAAGUGGACAGAAACAUCCGCAGAGUGACCAGGGCAGGUAUUCUUGAUCAGAUCAUUGACAUGACAUCUUAUUUGCUGGAUCUAACAAGUUACAUUGUAUAGUUUCUGGGACUGUUUGAAUAUUCCUUUCCAAUGGGCAUUUCUUUUUGAUCUUGUUCAUUAAAAAGAAAGACUGUUAUCCUGCUA